CCUGUAAACCAUUCAAACAAGCUCCAUCACCAAAGAUCCUCAGCUCUCAAAACCAUGGUGAUGGAGCAAUAUUAUUUCCAUCACAUCACCCUCCUCUUGGGCUUUGUUUCCUUUCUCGCAAUAUCUCUCCUGGUGCGCCUCUUCUACAGGCACAGAUCCCAGUUCACCGGCAACGACCUCCCCCCAGGAAGAGUGGGUUACCCGGUGAUCGGGGAGACCUACGAGUUCCUCUCUUCGGCCCGGAAAGGCCAGCCCGAAAAAUUUAUCUCCGACCGGGUAAACAAGUACUCGUCUCAAAUUUUCAAGACCUCCUUGAUUGGGGAGAAAACUGCCUUCUUCUGCGGCAACACCUGCAACAAGUUCUUGUUCUCCAAGGAGAACAAGUUUGUGACUGUAUGGUGGCCUAGUACUGUCGACAAGAUCUUCCCUUCUUCGACUGAGACUUCGUCGUCCGUAGAAGAGGGCAGGAAGAUGAGAAAGAUGCUUCCUAACUUCUUGAAGCUCGACGCUCUGCAACGCUACUUUACCACCAUGGACCAGUGUGCUCAAUCACACUUCGCUGAUUGCUGGGAAAACCAAAACGAAGUUAAAGUCUUUCCCCUCGUCAAGGACUAUACCUUCAAGCUUGCUGCGCGACUGUUUGUUAGCCUUGAGGAUCAAAAGGACGUAGAAAAACUUAGCAAACCAUUCCAUCUAAUGAAUGCCGGAAUCAUGUCGAUGCCCAUCGACUUCCCCGGGACGCCGUUCAACAAAGCCAUUAAGGCGGCCAACUUGAUCCGGAAGGAUAUGUACAAGAUCAUCAAGCAGAGGAAGGUUGAUUUAGCGGAGGGCAAGGCGUCACCGACACAAGACAUAUUGUCACACAUGCUCUCCACUUGCGAUGAGCAUGGAACAUAUCUGAAGGAGUCCGAUAUCGCCGAUAAAAUUCUUGGAAUGUUGGUUGCCGGCUUUGACACACUGACUGUUGCAUUGACAUUCAUUGUAAAGUAUAUGGGCGAGCUUCCACAUAUCUAUGACGCUGUCUACAAAGAGCAAAUGGAGAUCGCAAAUUCAAAGGCCCCGGGGGAGUCGUUGAAGUGGGAUGACCUUCAGAAGAUGAAGUACUCAUGGAAUGUAGCACAAGAAGUGCUGAGAUUGGCACCGCCUGUUCAAGGAGCCUUCAGGGUGACAUUGGCCGAUUUUGCCAUCAAUGGUUUUAAAAUUCCAAAAGGGUGGAAGUUGUACUGGAGCCCACUUUCGACACACAAGAAUGCCGAUGUCUUCCCGGAACCGGAGAAAUUUGACCCGUCAAGAUUUGAAGGAAAGGGACCUGCACCUUACAUGUAUGUUCCGUUCGGCGGAGGCCCGAGAAUGUGUCCAGGAAAUGAGUACUCCCGAGUGGUAAUACUGGUGUUCAUGCAUAACUUGGUGAAGAGGUUCAAGUGGGAAAAAAAUUUUCCUAAUGAGAAGACAACCAUUGCUCCUUUCCCCAUCCCCACCAAAGGGCUUCCCGUCCGCCUUUUUCAUCACCACAGAUCGUCAGCUCAGCCAUAACUACAUGAUCUAUAUAUAUAGUCAUCAUAAAAAAAUAAAUCCAAGAAUCAGCCGCAAGAUGUUAAAAUUUACACAAUAAUUCGUACUAUAAACUAUCUCAGAAUAAGCACAUGUAAACACAUAUACUGUAAUUUACAUAUUAUGAGUGUUGUAGUAGUCGCAUCAUAAUUUAGAUUGCAAUAGUAUAUCUAUACUAAUAUAU